UCCUGCUUCCUGCAUUGUUUUGUUUUUGCAUUUGCUUAUCUUACGCUUUUUUCUUCAUGUUUACUAUUAUUUUUCGUAGUAAAUUAUAGGGUAUUUAUAGUUGAAUCAUAUUUAUUUUUUAUCCUAUGAUAUUCGGUUUCAUUUUAUAUACAACUCAAUUCCAAAGACGUUUACAGCGGAUAAUGUAAAAAAGAGUGCAGUGGGAAGAAACAGCCAUAGGAGUAUUAUAAUAAAGGAACAAUAUCCAUUUUGAAUUAAAUAAAGGAAGAUGAGAGAACAAUGCUGUAUUUUUGAAUAAACAAUGAAUCCUGGCUAGCAGAUAAUCAAACCAAGCAAGAUAAUAGGAGAUCUGAUUCUCGUGAUAUUCUCAGGAUAUCACUAUAAUUCAAUCGAAAAACUGUUAUACUAUUCUUAUGAAAAAGUUUCAGGUGUAAAUUCCGGUCCGUACAAGAAAACUGGAGAGCGCCUACUCCGGCAAGACAGAGGAGAUUGACAUUAAAAUGAACAGCAAACGAAAAAGUCGUGUGAUUCCCGGAAGAUCGCCAAGGCCUGGGAGACCUGAAAGAAAUGUAGCUGCCGAGGGUGUCUACAACAAUUCUCUAUUCAUGCACUCAAUCACUGGACAUAUUGGAAACACAGUUAUUGUUUUAACACAAUAUGGAGAAGCCUACGAAGGCAUUUUCCGCACAUUUUCAAGUAACUUUGAUAUCGUCAUUGAAAUGGCUCACAAGGUGAAUGAAACUCGUCCAAAUUCUUUUGAUCCGCGAACAGUUGUUGAUAAACUAAUUUUCAGACCACAAGACAUCCUGUCUAUGUCAUUGAAGGAUGUAGACUUGGAGUUUGCUACAAAAGACACGUUCCAAACAGACACAGCGAUUAGUAAAUUCAAUGGUCAAGUUGGUGAACGUGAGUUGGAGCCUUGGGAAGGCCCAGGCUGUAAUGGUGACGAAUUUGAACUUGACGGCGCAACCGCAAAUGGGUGGGAUGUGAACGACAUGUUCAAAAAGAAUGAGCAAAUGUGUGGAGUUACAUCGACAUUCGAUCACGCUAUGCCUGGGUACACAACACAGAUCCAAAGAGGAGACUCAACAGACUACAGAGAUGCCGAAGCUAGGGCGACUAAAAUUGCGAAUGAAAUCGAGAACAAUCCGACGUACAAGGCGCGUCUGGAACUGGAGAAUGGUGAGAACGAAGAGGAGAAAUUUGCAGCGGUUACUAGGCCUGCCAACGAUAAUGGCUUCUCCGACAAGUAUGUACUGCCUGCUAAGCGAAAGCACAACCAGCAGGCGGGCAAAGCUACCGCCUCCAGACCUCCAUCUUCCGUCGCCUCCAAACCUCACCACAACCAUCAUCCACCCCCAACGCCCACACCACCUCCUCCGUCUCCACCGCAGGUACGCAAUGGUGACGCCACCUCCGCACCAACCGUGCCCAAGCCUCAGCGUUCCAGUACGGCCAUUCGCACACGUCGUUCGUACAAUUCGGCUGACGUUAACAACGCAAGAUAUGAGCCACCGACACAGCCGCAGCAGACAACGACACAGCAGCAGCAGCAGCAGCAGCAAACAACGACCGUUGCAACUAGAACUGUAGCUGCCACGACUACAUCUGCGUCUUCGACAACGAAUACUGACAAUAAAACAACUACAGCCGUGACUACACAAUCUGUGCAGACUACUGCGGUUACAGUGCAGACCUCCACUUCUGAUGGCCAUCGUAUCUCUGCUCAUACAAACAGAGGUCGCGGAAAACAGCUGAAUGAAUUGAAGAAUUUCAAGGAGGAUUUCAAGCUCAAGGAGCCAGCAGACGAUCGAAAUAAGACGACUACUGAGUCCACUGCUAAUGUAGCUACCAAUGAUGUUGAUUCUGAGCCGACAAACAAAGACCAACCAACCACACCAGAUGUCGAUAAAAUGACUUCGACACUCAAGAAAUCCAAUUUGAACCCUAACGCCAAGGAGUUUGUCUAUAAUCCCAACGCCAAGCCAUUAAUAGCACGUUCACCAAGCACUCCUACUCCGUCUCGACCGCAUACUCCACAGACCCCCAGUUGGAGUCAGGCCACUCCGCCUCUUCCUCCACCUCACGCCACCAUGGUUAUGCCUGCCGCAUACGGGUUCACUACUGCUCAACCUGCCUACAAUGCAGCUCCUAACCAGUCCAAUCGAUAUAGGAAAGUACAAAUGACUAUGCCAUCGCAGAUGCAAGUUGCUGCGGCCACAGGACAGCCCCUGUUGGCUCCCAUGCACUCUCAUGCCCACUUCACCAUGCCUUACUCACCUCAAGGCCAUAUUACUCCGCAGCCCUACCAACAGAUGGUGCAGAUGGUAGCUCAGCAGGGCAGUGGUGCAAUGGUGCCCAUCAUGUCCACUGCAAUCAACUACCACCACCACUCUGGUACUGGAGGCGGACCAGGCCCCGGCCCACAAAUGCAGUUCAUAGGGCCGCACACGCACCACCCGUACCACGGUCACGGACAUGGACACGGUCACGGACACCCGCCUCCUGGCGCUUCUCCCGACCAAGCGGGCCAGUCGCAGACUAGCGGUGGCGGAUAUCACUCUUUGGGUGGAGCUGGCAGAUCUAACGGAUCUACUAGCGGUAGCGGCAGCGGUAGCGGUAGAGGUGGCGGUAGCGGAAGCGGAAACUAUCCGCCUCCGCCUCAUCAGAGAGGUCCACCGCCGCAUACUCCCCCAACCCACACCUUCCCCAUGCUGAGUCCCAUUUUGCCGGAUGCUCCGCCUCCACCCCCUCCGCCUUAUCAUAUGAUGGCCGCCGCUCAAGGCACCAUGCAGGGCUACAUUCAUCACCACCAUAAUGGCCCAGUUGGAAGUCAGCAGCCUCAACAUAUUCAAGUUAUUCCUCACAGUCAAUGAUCAGCAAAAACAAACAAUGCUAUCUUAAAAUGGUUGGAAUUGGUGCUAAUGGUGGUUACCGUGUUGUUAUCGAUUGUCAAAUACAAUUUUUCUAUCUUAAAAUGAAGAUGGAGUAUUUGUGAAUUGACUUUGAAACAGAAAAGGAAUGUGAUCGAGUGUAAUACAUAAUUGUCGUCGUGUUGUUGGAGGUAGAAAAUAUUAUCCAUCUGAAUAGAAUAGAAUAGUUGUCGAGAGUUGGCUGAGCCUAUGUUAGAACUUGGUUGGGCUGACGAUUUUCAGUUUUCGUUCGAACUUUGUUCAAUAAAUCUAGUUUUAAUGAGGUCUGUUUCCAGUUAGCUCAUUUGAUUAAAUUGUAAAACGGAGUUUGAAAUGUUUGAGUUUGCAAGGCAACUCAAUAAUUGAUGGAUCUUAGAACUCUGGUUAAGUUGAAUGUGAUCCAAUUAUUAACAGGCGUAUUGUGAUCAAUUACUAUGUUCUGUAAACUUGCGUUUAGUUUGAAGGAUCAAUUUGUUGAUUUUAUUGAAUAUUUGUGUCAUUAAAUUGAAUAUUUGUGUCAUUAAAUUAAUUGAAAUGAAAUAUUAUGGAACAGACAAAGCAUAUUAUUUUCAUAAAAUCGAUAACAUUUCAUUAUAUGGUACAGAAUUCCCAUUUUAUCUUCCCAUUUUAUUUAAUCUGUAAUAUUUGCUGUCAUCUCUAUCCAAAUAGUACUGAUGAUAUAUUUCCCAUAAGAUACACAUGAUGUCAUUCAUUAAUUUGAUACUCGCGUAUAUCUUAUUGUGUGAGUGUGUGAGCAUUUCCCCAUAGAAAUAUUCUCCAUAUUCGUUGUAUUGUUUUCUUCAUUGAGCUGUAAGAACUCGCCAACUUAUAAAAGUUUCAAUUUUGAAUACUGGCUUAUAGAUUUGAGUCUUGAAACUCAAGUCUAUAAGCCAGCUAGAUUCGAGUCGUGAAAAAUCAUUAAAUCACAUAAUUUACAAAUUAUUUCCAAACUUGUAACCUGAACUAGAAGUGGCAAAAUUAUUAAAU